AUGUUUCCUGGCUUUAUGCAAGCAACAAUUUUAGCUGUUAUUAUUAUUCUUACUCAAACAACUAAACAUAUACAUUGUGAUGAUUCGUCACCGAAUGUAGAUGAAAGUCAUGUUCUUUCAUUAACGAAAGAUACAUUUGAUGAUGCUGUUAAAAAUAAUAAAUAUUUACUUGUUAAAUUUGUUGCACCAUGGUGUGGUCAUUGUAAAUCUUUAGCACCAGCUUAUGCUGCAGCUGCUAAACAAUUAGCAGAAGCUGGCAGUGAAGUAAAAUUAGCUAGUGUUGAUGCAACCAUUGAACAGGAUCUUGCAAAACAAUAUGAAGUUAAAGGUUAUCCAACAUUGAAAUUUUUUCUUGAUGGUACAGCACUUGAAUAUACUGGUGGUCGAUCACAAAAUGAGAUAAUUAGUUGGUUGAAAAAGAAAACAGGACCACCAGCUGAUGAAUUAAAAACAGUUGAUGACCUUAAUAAAUUGAAAGAAGCUGGUGAUGUUGUUGUUAUUGGUGCUUUCAAGGAUACGGAUGGUGAUCAUGCUGCUGCUUAUCUUCAAGUUGCUAAGACUCUUGAAGGUAUUCCAUUUGGUAUUACAUCAAAUAAAAAGGUUCUUAAAGAACUUGAAGUUACAAAUGAUGCCAUUAUUCUUUUGAAAAAAUUUGAUGAAGGUCGUGUUGAUCUUACAACAUCAAUCGAUGAAAAUUCAAUUCGUGAAUUUAUUCAAGCUAAUCAACUUCCAAUUGUUGUUGAUUUUAAUACUGAAUCAGCUCAAAAAAUUUUUGGUGGUGAUAUUAAAGUUCAUACCCUUUUCUUUGGUAGUCGAACAAGUGAUACUUAUGAAAAACAACGAGAAGAAUUUCAUACAGCUGCAAAAGAAUUUCGUGGAAAAACACUUUUUGUUUUUGUUGAUUCGGAUGAUGUUGAAAAUGAACGUGUACUUGAAUUCUUUGGUCUUAAAACUUCAGAUGUUCCAGCUGUACGUUUAAUUACAUUACAAGAUGAUAUGACUAAAUAUAAAUUUGAACCAUCUGAUAUAACAUCAAAGAACUUAAUUGAUUUUGUUCGUGGAUUUUUUGAUGGUAAACUUAAACCACAUUUACUUUCACAAGAAAUUCCAGAUGAUUGGGAUAAAGCUCCAGUGAAAGUUUUAGUUGGAAAAAAUUUUAAUGAAGUCGCAAAAGAUAAAACAAAAACUGUACUUGUUACAUUUGUUGCACCAUGGUGUGGUCAUUGUAAACAAUUAACACCAAUUUAUGAACAAUUAGGUGAAAAAUAUAAAGAUAAUGCAGAUGUUGUUGUUGCUAAAAUGGAUGCUACUGCUAAUGAACUUGAAGAUAUUAAAAUUCAAAGUUUUCCAACAAUUAAACUUUUUCCAAAAGGCUCGGAUGAAGUCAUUGAUUUUCAUGGUGCACGUACAGUUGAGGGUCUUUCAAAAUUUAUUGAUUCAAAUGGUGCAGAAAGUGGAACAGCUCCAACUACUGAAGAGUCUCCUGAAGAAGGUGAAGAAGCUGAUGAAGAUGAAGAACCAAUGCAUGAAGAUCUAUAA